AUGAGGACACCUAGACCUGGUGCCCUCUUGCUCCUGCUGGUGGCCUUGACCCUGACCCAGAACUGUGUAGGCUCACACUGGCUGCAGCUUUUGGACACCUUGGUUUAUGGGCCAGACAUCUGGGAGGCCCGAUUCAUCCAUGUCUGCUAUGUGGACACCACACAGUUUAAGGGAUUCGACAGCAACGAAGCGACAGCGAGGAUGCGACCUCGGGCGCCGUGGAUGGAGCGGGAGCCGCCUGAGUAUUGGGAGAGGGAGACAGAGGAAGCCUUGCACAAGUCACAGAACGACCGGAAGUUUCUUCGGUUCCUGAUGAACUACUACAAACACAGCAAAGACGAAUAUCACACCCUACAGAAGGUGCUUGGCUGCAAUGUGGAUAAUAAUGGGAGCUUCCUCGGCGGUCACUACCGGUUCACCUACUAUGGCCACGAUUACAUCACCUUGAAUGAGGACCUGAGCUCUUGGAGUGCAGAAGGCAAGGCAGCUCAACUCAUAAGGCAAAGCUGGGAGGAGGACGGUGCAGCCGCGAGCUGGAGGACUUACCUGCAGGGGGAGUGUGUGGAAAUGCUUCGCAGAUACCUAGACCUUGGGAAGGAGACAUUGCUGCGCUCUGACCCUCCCCAAACAUAUGUGGCCCAUCAAGUAAGACCUGGAGGGAAUGUCACCCUGAGGUGCUGGGCCUUGGGCUUCUACCCAGCUGAGAUCACCCUGACCUGGCAGAGGGAUGGGAACAACCACACCCAUGAUAUGGAGCUGGGAGAGACCAGGCCUGCAGGGGAUGGAACCUUCCAGAAGUGGUCAGCUGUGGUGGUUCUCUCGGGAGAGGAACAGAGAUACACAUGCCAUGUGAACCAUGAGGGUCUGCCUGAGCCCCUCACUCUGAGAUGGGAGCCUUCUCAGACAAUCAUCUUCCUCAUGGCGAUUCUUACCGGCCUGGUUUUUGGAGCUUUGGUUAUGGGAGCCGUGGUGAUUUUUCUGAUAUGGAAGAAAUAA